AGGCGGAGAUAUCUGGUUUUCACGACAGGUUUAUUGAUCCUUCAGGAGAGAAGUGGUAUCAGAUUGAUGUGGAUAUUUCUAGUUUGUCAUUUACGCAUCAUCCUCUCUUCAGUAAGGAGCAUGUUUUACAGUCUCGUUUAAAACAAUUAUACAAUAAUUAUUGCCGACGAAAGAAACAAGCGAUCUCUACUCAUCUCAAUGAAAAGCUUUGCAUUAAAAACGGCGGUAAAUCAAUGCUACGAAGCAGCCAAGUCUCAUUCAUCGAGUUCUUUAAAGGAAAUCUCACUUCCUGAUGAUCUUUUCCAACGUAUAUGCAGCUACAAAGCACAAAUAAGGGAAACGAGAAAACAACGCGAUGCCGAAAGCUUGACAGACCGCACACUUCUUACAGACAUAUUGGAAUGUUGGCAAGAAAUUAAACUAAUUCGAGAGCAACUUGGUUACGUUAAUACGUCAUGUAAGCUUUUCAUUUUUAGAGAAAUCACCAGUCGAGAAAAUGAAAGAGUUGAGUACGAAAGAGAACUUCAAGAGGAACUUGAAGAGAGAAGGGAGGAUUUCCAAAAGUUGUAUUUGGAACAGAUGGAAGAAUACAAAGUAAAGUUGAAGAAGUGGAAGAAACAAAAAAAGUUAAAAAAGAGACGAACUCUUGGUGAAGAAGACAUAGAACAAAGUGAACUGUUUGACGAUAUUAGUGAAUUUCCUCCUGAACAACCGACAAAGUUUAAUGAUGAAGAAGAGUUUAAGUUUAUUGUUGAUAAAGCUGAAAAGACAAGAAGGAAACCAGGGGAGCCUAUUUUGACACCGGAAUUAAAAUCAUCUGCUAACGUUACUGCGUUAGAACUAUGUCCAAGGAGUGAACAACAACGUCGAAAGGAUGUACAAAAUUGGAAAGCGUUUGUAAAGGUUUUAUUUAACAAUAAAGAAGUAUCAAGAACUUCGACAAAAUCGUUACUCUCUGAUUUUACAAUCCACUUUGGUGAAAUACAUCCUGUAAAAAUUCUACAAUGGCCUGAAAGUAUUAAAUUACAGGUUUAUGAAAAUGUUGGCCUUCAAACAAAACUGUUGACUGAGGUGUUUAUUCCCGUGCCUGACAUCAAUAAAGUGUCGGGCAUGCAGGUUGAACUUGAUGCAGUUGAGUUUAGCAGUACAUCUGAAGUUGUUUACCAUCAUGAUGGUGUUGGCAGCGGUUUUACCAUUUCCGUUCGAGCUAACAACGAGUCUUCUUCACUUCCGUUGCAUACAUACCUCACUUCCGGAACGAUUUACUGCAAUGUAUCUUGGGGUUUGGAUUUUGAAGGCAAACCCUUGGUUCCUCCCCAGACGUCUACAUCGCCAAAAACUGCUUAUGGCAAUGUUGUAAAAUAUGAUGCUUUUGUCUCGCUUGGAGCUUCUGGUAUAAUGGAUAUCCAUGCACUUGCGCGAUGGAUCGCCGAAUCAAAUCUUGACCCUAACGAUCCUGCAAACGCUCCUAUCAUAAGUCUUGUGAAACUCGUGUCGGAUGAUACCGAUGGUGGACCGAAGUAUUUCCGUCUUCACCAAUUGGAGGAUGAGACACGAUUUGUAGAUGAGUUGGAGUUAAAGAAUAAUAAACGUUUCCUCAUAUUGCAGCUGAGAAACCAGCUUGUUCCUGAAUUUCGUAAUCUUAAAGCUAUUCCUCACAGUAAUAAAGACAUACCAGAUGAUAUUUUUCAGAACUAUGAGAAACGAAUCAACGGUGUAGAGGAAGAUGAAAGUAAAGAUGAUUUUAGCGUUCAUCGUGCUACUGUUACGAAAUUCCUUAAUAAGGUUCGCGAGAUGGUCAUUGCUAGAUCUUUGAUUGCUAAACGACAAAGAUGUUUAAGUGACAUGGUUGUCGAAGAGGAAGUCCCAAAUGUUGGUUCCUUAAGAUACCGUAUUGCACAAUUACUGUCUCCAAGAAGACCUCUAAAACCUGUUCGACACGAAAGAAAAACAGUUGGAACUCAGAGUUUAUCCCAGACAAAUGUUCGAAUCCUUGUUAAUGUCGUUCGAGCAUUUGAUAUUCCUGUUAGAAUAUCACGUCCUCAGACAGCAAGCUCAGAACGGCCGAUGGAAACAAGUGAAGGUUUAUCUUCAAUGUUUAUUUUCUCCGAUGUUCACGGAGAAGUUCGACCACAAAAUAGACGAACAGGAACUAGACUCAACUCAUUGAAUGAGCCUAUGGUGCAACCUUUUGUCGAGGUUUUCUUUCAAGGAAAUUUUGUUCGAACGUCUGUGGCUCACGGUCCUAAUCCUUGUUGGAAUGAAGAGUUGACAUUGCCUUUCAGACCUCCAAAUGAUGAUUACUCCCCGUCAAGUCUUCAGUCCGUGAAUGACGUCAUAUAUUUGAACAUUUUUGAUCAAGUUGUUGUUGACAUUAAUCAGGUGGAACAGCAACAUACCACAAAUAUUCAUCAACGUCUCGAAAGACAUUGGUUAGGCAGUGUUGAACUGCCAUUUUCCACUGUUUAUUUCAAUACAAAGGUUGAUGGUACAUUUCGCAUAAACAUGCCAGCUGUAUUAUUGGGUUACCAACACAACCCUAAACAAACUUACGGUGAAUCUGAUAUUGGCAUUGCUUCACAUAAUCAGGCUUUUCUCACUCUUUUUGUAACCAUUGAGCCUCCAUUACAGCCUUCACGACCACUUGUUGAAAAGUUUGAAACUUCAGAAGACGAGAGAUUGAUAGAUACUGCUUUUUUGUGGAUGGAAGAUUUGAAAAAGAAGUUUCCUAAACGUGAAUAUAAGGUGCUUGCUACUGACCUUAAUGGUAAAAAAGUGUUUUUAACAAGAUAUAUUUGCGAUCAAAUUCCACCUUCAGAUUUUGGUUUUGAUCCUACAAAUCCUUCUCCAAAUUCCAUGGAUAUUAUAUGUCGUUAUGUCUCCUUGAUUCCGUAUAUCUCGGAUUCUGUCGCCUUUCCUGAUCUCUGUGAUUUAUGGAGUACGUCCGAUCAAUUUUUACAAAUGCUCGGUGGAGAUGAAGAGGAGCACGCCGUGUUGUUGUGUAACUAUUUAUGGCUUGGCAGAAGGGCCUGGCUUGUUAUUGGCACUGGUAUUCCCGAAGGUUCAACUGCUUAUGUUCUUUCAUACCAUCAAGGCGUAUACCAACUUUGGAAUGCCCACACGGGUGAGAAAUUCUCCGUUACUGAUGUGUACUGUCCAUUGCAAAACAUCGCUUGUUUGAUAAACAAUGAAAAUAUUUGGGCUAAUGUCCAAUUAUCCGGUCAACCAUGUAGAAUCUCCUUUGAUCUCUCUCAAUCUAAACUGUGGAAACCGUUUUUCACAAAAAAAUACCCAAAUCCUGGGUUAAGCAGUGUACAGAGAGAACGUUUACAAUAUGUCACAACAGAUCCACAAUAUGUUUUUGAAUUACAAGAGAAGAUAGAACAUCUUCUACGAGAUAAGAUAAUGGAGUGGAGAUCUCACUUUGUGACGCGAUGGAACAGAUAUUGUUCACAAUCAUUUCGGGAUCUUUUAGUUAAUAUGGAACAUACGUAUCGUCAGCGGACAAUUCAUGAUCAUAAAGCAGAAUUGAAUCAAGUUCUGUCUUCUUAUAAGCUUUCUGGUUUUCCUCUCCACAUGGCCUUCACAGAUAUCAAUCCAGUAAUCAACAUAGUUCACAGUACGGGCGUUCAUCUCACUGAGGAUCCAAAUGUCGAAUUUGCGUUGGCCGUUCACAUACAUCCUUAUCCAGGCAACGUGCUUUCGUUGUGGAUAUACGUUGCUACGUUGACGAGGAAGAUUCGUUAUUAUUGAUGUAUUCUGAGCUUAGUGGCAUAUAAUUAACUGGAAUGAUAAUGAAACACAGCUCCGGUACAGGCCCUUAUUCUUUCCCUCUCAUGGCCCCCCCUUCAGACUAUUUCCUAAGCAUUUCAUCCAAAAGUUUACAGGAAGCUAAAAAAUAUUUGAAAUUUUUUGCGAUUCAUGCAACAUAGCGACAUUUAUUGAACAAAACGAUUAUUCUACAAAUUUAAUAUCUUGAAAAUGAAAAGAGAUACUCUCGAAUUAUACUAAAAAGUCUCCUAUCAUUUUAGAGUUCUGUUUAAUGAAACUAGAAUUUACAAAACAAAAUUUUCUCUUCUUAAGUACUUUCACUUGAUCAACAAACCCCAAUCAUGGUCCUGACUCAUGACAAUUAUCAAUUAUGAAAUUAAAAAGCAGAAAACUGAAGCAAACGACAAGCAGCAGAGCAACAUGAGUUGAUUUUGAAUCGAUUGCAGAGUUGUUCAUGUUGCAAUGAUCAGUUUGACAACAAGUGAGAAGGCAAUCUUUACUAUUAUUGGUGGACUUUUUCCAAUCAUUGCACGCUUUGUUUACAUCUUGGCAUUCAUUUAUCUUGCCACAACCCAUCGAAAUAAUGGAAACAUCAUUUUGUAAUAUUUUUACGGAUUUCUGACAGUAUUCGCAUGGUAUGGUUUCUUUGCCACAUUUCUGAUGUUCUUUUGGUUGAGUGCUGUUGUAGUCACAUGAAUGACACGUGACAGUGUGAUGGUCACCAGACACAGUAGAAACUGCAAAUAAAUUGUGUAGUCACAUGAAUGACACGUGACAGUGUGAUAGUCACCAGACACUGUAGAAACUGCAAAUAAAUUGUGUAGUCACAUGAAUGACACGUGACAGUGUGAUAGUCACCAGACACUGUAGAAACAGCAAAUAAAUUGUUGUGUUUUGUUGUUUUGGGAAAUGUAUAAUUAAAACUCUUAUACAUGCAAAGUCAUCAAUCAUGAAAUAUCUUUUGAUAAAGUUUGAUUGAAUCUGUAUUUUCACCUGAUGUAGAAUUUAUUAGAAUAUACAUUCAUAAUCCUACUUCACUAUUUUAUGUAAUAAAUAUUUACCAGCGACA